AUGGCGGGUAACCAGCAAGACCUCGAGGCUCAGGUCCAGAGCCUGCAGCAGCAGCUCGAGCAGCUCAAGACCCAGGCCAACCCCGCCUCGGGCUUCGACACGUACCAGACCUCCCUGACGGGCCGGUACUGCAGCGCCGAGAUGUCGCGCCUCUUUAGCCAGCGCUCGCGUCACUCGGAAUGGCGCAGGCUAUGGCUCCUCCUGGCCGAGAGCGAGCGCGAGCUCGGCAUCCAGAACAUCACCGAGGAGGCCCUCGAGCAGAUGCGUAACCACCUCACCGUCACUGAUGAGGACUUUGAGGUCGCCAAGGUCGAGGAGAAGAGGCGCCGACACGACGUCAUGGCCCAUGUCCACGCUUUCGGAGCCGUGGCUCCUGCUGCCGCGGGCAUUAUCCACUACGGUGCGACCAGCUGCUACGUUACUGACAACGCCGAACUUAUCCUCAUGAGGGAGGCCAUGGAUCUCCUCCUCCCCAAGCUCGCCAAGGUCAUCUGGAACCUGUCCAAGUUUGCUAUGGAAUUCAAGGCCAUGCCCACCAUGGCUUACACGCAUCUCCAACCCGCCCAGUUAAUCACCGUUGGCAAGCGGGCCGCUCAGUGGGCCCAGGACCUCGUCUUCGAUCUCGAGAACAUCGAGCACGUCCGCGAGGGACUCAAGCUUCGUGGCGCCCAGGGCACCACCGGAACCCAGGCCUCUUUCCUGGAAAUCUUCAACGGUGACGGUGCCAAGUGCGACCAGCUCAACGAGCUGCUGUGCAAGAAGCUCGGCUUCCCCGCCUGCUACGACGUCUCCACCCAGACCUACACCCGCAAGAUUGCGGGCGAUAUCCGCCACCUAGCCACGUGGAAGGAGCUCGAGGAGCCCUUUGAGAAGGAUCAGAUUGGUUCCUCCGCCAUGGCUUACAAGCGCAACCCCAUGCGUUCCGAGCGCGUCUACAGUCUGGCGCGCGAGCUCCUCUCCAAGCCCGCCAGCUUCUCCAACACCCACUCCGACCAGUGGAUGGAGCGCACCCUCGACGACAGCGCCAUCCGCCGCAUGGACAUCCCCGAGAUGUUCCUCCUCGCCGACGCCAUCCUCGGCGGCCUCGACAACAUCACCAGCGGCCUCGUCGUGUACCCCGAGCGCGUCGCCGUCCGCGUGCAGGAGGAGCUCCCCUUCAUGAUCACCGAGAGCAUCAUCAUGAAGCUCGUCGCCAAGAACGUGUCCCGCCAGGACGCCCACGAGGAGAUUCGCGUCCUCUCCCACCAGGCUGGUAGCGUCGUCAAGAACGAGGGCAAGCCCAACGACUUGGUUGCCAGGAUCCGCGCCACCGAGUUCUUCAAGCCCGUCUGGGACGAGCUCGAUGAGAUGCUGCGCGCUGAUUUGUACACUGGGCGCAGCGUCGAGAUUGUGGAGAAGUACUGCGGCGCCAACGGUGUUGUGGCGCAGAAGAUUAAGCCUUAUAUGGCGGUGAUUGAAAAGUCCAAGACUACCGAGCUCAACGUCUAA